UAAAGGCUCAGGCCCUCGCAGCCCCGCACGCUUCUGGUCCCGACCCAGACUCAGAAAGAACCCACCAUGGUGCUGUCUGCCACCGACAAGGCCAACGUCAAGGCCGCCUGGGGAAAGGUGGGCGGCCAAGCUGGCGCACACGGCGCAGAGGCCCUGGAAAGAAUGUUCCUGGGCUUCCCCACCACCAAGACCUACUUCCCCCACUUCAACCUGAGCCACGGCUCCGACCAGGUCAAGGCCCAUGGCCAGAAGGUGGCUGAUGCGCUGACCAAAGCCGUGGGCCACCUGGAUGACCUGCCCGGCGCCCUGUCUGCUCUGAGCGACCUGCACGCCCACAAGCUGCGUGUGGACCCGAUCAACUUCAAGCUCCUGAGCCACUGCCUGCUGGUGACCCUGGCCGCCCACCACCCCGAUGAUUUCAACCCCUCCGUCCACGCCUCUCUGGACAAGUUCCUGGCCAACGUGAGCACCGUGCUGACCUCCAAAUACCGUUAAGCUGGAGCCUCGGCGAUCCCCGCCCCGGGGUGGGGCCCUCUUGCACUCUGCACACCCCCCUUGCACCCUGACCUCCUGAUCUUUGAAUAAAGCCUGAGUGGGCUGCAGUCUCUGUA